GCUUUUAUGUUAUGAGUUGUUUUGCAUGUUUUCCGUGACUUCAUGUACAACUAUAUCACAACAUAGAUAUUUGCGCUGUACAGCUGGAAUUCUUUGCCAUUUUGGUUGAUAAUUUUCGGCGCUAAGAGUUACUGUGUUUUGUCUAGAUUUUUCGUUCAUUAGUUUUCUGUAUCUUAAAGAUUGAUUAUGUCUCUUCCCGAUCCAAUUUUGAAGCCAAAGAUUCAGUACACUCAGAUUUUUAUAAAUAAUGAGUGGCGUAAUUCGAUCAGUGGUAAGACGUUCGCGACCAUCAAUCCAUGUACAGAGGAAAAGAUUUGUGACAUUCAGGAAGGAGACAAGGCUGAUGUAGAUCUUGCUGUAAAAGCAGCAAGUGAGGCAUUUAAACUUGGCUCACCAUGGAGAACUAUGGAUGCUUCACAAAGAGGAGUGUUGCUCAACAAACUUGCAGACCUUAUUAACAGAGACCGACAUAUUCUUGCCAGUUUGGAGACCUUGGAUAAUGGGAAACCGUACAAUGUUUCAUAUAAUGUUGAUCUUGAGCUUGUGAUCAGAUGCUACAGGUAUUAUGCAGGUUUCGCUGACAAGAAUCAUGGCAAACUUAUCCCAAUGGACGGCAAUGCUCACGCCUACACCCGCCAUGAACCAGUUGGUGUAUGUGGGCAGAUCAUACCAUGGAACUUCCCUCUGCUUAUGCAAGCAUGGAAACUUGGUCCAGCUCUUUCCAUGGGUAAUGUGGUGGUAAUGAAACCAGCUGAACAAACUCCUCUUACAGCUUUGUAUGUUGCUGCACUUAUAAAGGAGGCUGGAUUUCCUCCUGGUGUUGUAAACAUGAUACCUGGGUAUGGACCAACUGCUGGUGCCGCCAUUAGUGAGCACAUGGAUGUUGAUAAAGUUGCAUUCACUGGUUCAACAGAGGUUGGCCAUCUCAUCAUGCAAGCUGCAGGGAAAAGUAAUUUAAAGAGGGUAACCCUUGAGCUAGGAGGCAAAAGUCCAAACAUUAUUUUCGAGGACGCAGACCUUGAUUAUGCUGUGGAGAUGGCCCACUUCGGCUUGUUCUUUAACAUGGGACAAUGUUGCUGCGCCGGUUCGCGUGUGUUUGUCCAAGAAUCAAUUUACGACGAAUUUGUGAAGAAGAGCGUGGCAAGGGCAAAGAAACGAACAGUUGGUUCACCAUUUGAGACUGGUGUUGAACAAGGACCUCAGGUGGACGCAGAGCAGUUCAAGAAGAUCCAGGAGCUAAUCCAGAGUGGCAAGGAUGAGGGAGCGGAGCUUCUGUGUGGAGGAGAGAGACAUGGAGACAAGGGAUAUUACAUUCAACCUACUGUGUUUGGAAACGUCAAAGAUCACAUGAGGAUUGCAACGGAAGAGAUAUUUGGACCUGUGCAGCAAAUCAUGAAAUUUAAAACAAUGGAAGAAGUUAUUGAGCGUGCUAACAACACUGUAUAUGGGUUGGCUGCUGCCGUCUUCACUAAAGAUCUCAACACUGCUAUUACAGUGUCCAACAGUGUCCGUGCUGGAACUGUCUGGGUUAACACCUUCAAUUCGUUUUCUUCCAUGACCCCAUUUGGUGGGUACAAGAUGUCUGGACAAGGUCGUGAACUUGGAGAGUAUGGACUUGCAAACUACACAGAAGUCAAAUGCGUUAUCAUCAAGACACCAUCAAAGAAUUCUUAAAUGUGUGACAUACAUCUGAUGCUUAAAAGCUAUGUUGUAUUAUUAUUGUACAACCCUUCAUAUCCAUGUUAAUAUUUGCUUGUUUCUUCCAAUCGGGUUAACUUCCUGUUCCUUUAUAAGUGCCUAAUUCGAUGUAGUGCUUUAAUUGUACACUCAUGUGUAUUUAUGCUAAUGCCUGCAAACAAAGUUUCUCAAUUGUGUGUUGCUGUGCAAGCUUAUGCUUCCGUUAUAAAUGAUCGUGUAAUACAAUUCUACCUAACCAU